CGUCCUGGGAGAUUAAAAAUGGUGAAGGGAUUUGGGCUUUCUUAUUGAGAUUUCGCGGCAAUUUUCGCCCAAUUUCUGCCGAAGUUCUAAUUUUUGUUCCAAAUCCCGAAAUUGGCCUCUUAGAUCUCGAAUUCGAGCAGAAAACACGGGGCCUUCAUAUUUACCCCAUUUUUUUCCGCGCAUUUUUGGUUGGUUGUGAAGUGUUAGGGUUCAUUUAUUGGAUUUAGAGGGUUUUCUCCCCCAUUGUUUUUGUUGGGUUUGAGGUUGAAUCGUUGAAGUAAGUGCAGAUUCCUUUGCUGGUAUAAAAAAUUUCGAGCUAUUGUGGACGUUGAGCGUGUUUCUUGAAGCUGCAUUGAUCUCAAUUGAAGAGAUUUGCCUCUUUUUUCGCAGAUUAAUCUCGUUUUGUUUGGGGUUAGGGCGAAAAAGGGAAUUUUUGGACGAACUAGGGUUUUCUAUGAAUGGGGGGUUUGGGGACUGGAAGAUGUGUAGACUAGAGAAGAAGGGUUGUUUUGAUCCUGAGUUCUGUGACAAGCAUUAUCAUCACAUGGGUUUGAAGAGCAAUGUGAAGGGUUUAGAUAAGGGUAAGGGAUUGAAUAGCAUGGUUUCAAGAUCGAGAAUGAAGCUUUGGAUGAUUAGGGCGACGACGACGGUGCUGUUGUGGACUUGUGUUGUACAGUUGACAGCAAUGGGGGAGCUCUGGGGGCCGAGAGUACUGAGAGGGUGGCCUUCUUGCUUUAAUUCUUCGGAUUCUCGGCUGCACGUGAAACCCUCUUCUUCGUUGCGAAUGAAGGCUUAUUCUGCUUUGCCCGUGCCAGUUAAUCCCUCUUUGUCAUCGUCGUCUUCUUUGGUGGUGGAGAGGAUUUCUCUUCCACCGAAAAGAAUAUACAAAAAUAAUGGUUAUCUAAUGGUGUCAUGCAAUGGAGGACUUAAUCAAAUGCGAGCAGCUAUAUGUGAUAUGGUUGCUAUUGCAAGAUAUUUGAACGUGACACUAAUUGUACCUGAGUUGGAUAAAACCUCUUUUUGGAAUGACCCUAGUGAGUUUCAAGAUAUAUUUGAUGUGGACCAUUUUAUCACAUCACUAAGAGACGAGGUUCGAAUAUUGAAAGAACUCCCCCCUAGGUUGAAGAGAAGGGUGGAGUUGGGUAUGCACUACUCCAUGCCCCCUGUUAGCUGGUCUGACAUUUCUUACUACCAACGCCAGAUUCUUCCUUUGAUACAGAAGUUCAAGGUGGUGCAUUUGAAUAGAACUGAUGCUCGACUGGCUAAUAAUGGUCUCCCGUCGGAGAUUCAGAAACUACGAUGCCGAGUAAAUUACGCUGCCCUGAGAUUCACUUCUCAGAUUGAAGAGUUGGGUAAAAGAGUGAUCAGCUUGCUGCGCCAAAAUGGCCCUUUUCUCGUCCUCCACCUCCGAUAUGAAAUGGACAUGCUGGCUUUUUCUGGUUGCACACAAGGUUGCACUAAUAAAGAAGUAGAGGAGUUGACAAGAAUGAGGUAUGCAUAUCCUUGGUGGAAAGAAAAAGUUAUCAAUUCUGAUUUGAAAAGGAAGGAUGGUCUCUGUCCUCUGACACCAGAAGAGACUGCUUUGGUUCUGAAGGCUCUGGAUAUUGAUCGUCGUGUCACUGUAUAUAUUGCGGCUGGUGAAAUUUAUGGAGGAGCAAGGAGAAUGGCCAGUCUGACCGCAGCUUAUCCCAAUGUGGUGAGAAAGGAAACACUUCUGGAACCAUCAGAUCUUAGAUUUUUUCAAAACCAUUCGUCGCAGAUGGCAGCAUUAGAUUAUUUGGUCUCACUGGAGAGUGAUAUCUUUGUUCCUACAUAUGAUGGUAACAUGGCCAAAGUCGUUGAAGGCCAUCGCAGACACUUUGGCUUCAGGAAGACAUUCUUACUGAAUCGAAAACUCCUAGUUGAGCUUAUAGACCAAUACACCAAUGGAUCUUUGGGUUGGGACGAGUUCUCCUCCUCUGUGAAGGCAGCUCAUGCAAAUCGCGUGGGGAGACCUUCAAAGAGGUCUAUCAUUCCUGAUAGACCAAAAGAAGAAGAUUACUUCUAUGCAAAUCCUCAGGAGUGUUUAAUAUCGAGUAGUUAAAACCUUGGACAUCUUCAACCGAGUCUCUCUAGUUUGCUAUCCUUCAGUUGACGCAGUUAGUCUUACCGAUGAUGACUGAUUGAGGUUGAGAAAGAAAAGCUCGUGUGCUACUAGAGUAGACGAUGAAGUAGAAGAGGUUCGUUGAUUGGAGGUGGUUUAUGGCAGCUGGUAUAUAUACGUAAUUUACGAUAUAAGGGGGGUAUUUUUAUUUAUAUUUUUCAAUAAGUGUUUUCGUUCUUGUAUAGAGAGGGAGGUGAGAGGAGGGGAGAGGGAUAAGGGGAGGCGUCUUCCCUGCACAUAUGUAGGAAAAUGUCAGCUGCCUUCAUGUUGAUAACAACAAAUAAAAAUUGAUACAAGAGGGAUGGACAAUGAGGCGAGAGCGAGGGAGAGGAGAUAUCACUUUGUUUAUCCAUUUAAUGGGAAUUUUGUGGAGGGUUAAUUUUCUAUAUUUUUAGAUUUGUAUUUUUUUUUAAAUUCUUCUUUUUCUUAAUGCGUCUGUAUUUAUUCUCCUUGCUUCUGAAUUCAGAAUCAUCAUGUACUAGUCCUUUGAA